CAGAUAUAUUUGUAUUGACGCAGAUAUGAUAAUGUACAAAUAAUGGGUAUUACGUGUCGUGCAACGAUGGAAUAUACAUUCGUUAUAGCAUCGUUUGUGAUGUCGGCUGUGGGAUUGAUAUUGGCAACCGGAUUUGACCAAAAUGCAGUUCUCUGUGGGGAAACAAUGAACAUAAUGAAACAAGACAAAUACAUCAUCAGAUACCUAAGCGAUGGUGCCCAUGACAUCAUACCAACGCCAAAAGAAACAGAAAACCGAACUGUAAGGAUGUUACAACAAAAACGGGGUAGCUUACAAUUAAGAAAAUGUCGGAUCAACAUUAAGACAUCGCCUGGCUAUCGUUUACAAAUUAACAUUCAAUAUAUUCCUCAGUAUUCCGGAUGUAAUCAAGGUUACUUUCAUAUUGGAAACGACAAAUAUCGAUCGGAUAGGGUUUCUAUGACUUCAUACAAAUUUUGUGACGUAGUACGCGGAUUAGAAAUAAUAUCCAGAGAGAACUAUAUGUGGAUGGUGUACGACGUCAAUCAACAGAAAACUAUGGGCGAAAUCCUCAUCGAAGCUUACCCAGAUGCGAGAUGCAACAGCAGUUCCUUCGAGUGUUCCCCAGUUCAGUGUAUCCAACCUGGCCGUGUUUGUGACGGACGUACGGACUGCCGAAACGGACGAGACGAGUUCUGUGGAAACAUUCGCAACGAUGUAGAGAAGCGAAUACCUGAAACUAAAGGACCAUGCUUUCUCUGCUUGGAUGACACAGUUAUCUGCCCUUCCCUACCUCUGUAUAACGAUGACAGGGGGCAUGAACUUUGGUUUAUGUGCGACAGGAUUGACCAUUGCAAGGACGGAUCAGACGAACGGCUAGAUAUGUGUUAUCAAAUGAAAAGAAAAGGAAACGCGGCCAUGAUGUUCGAGUGCGUACCUCAUUUAGACGGUGGUUACCAUGGCAACACAACCGUCCGGAUGUGGGAGGACCGAGUCUGUGAUGGAAUCCAGGAUUGUCGUAACCGGGAGGACGAGAAUGAAUGUUCAGAAGAAAAUCCGAAAGGUAAAACAAGUAUACAUCCGGUGGCGGUAACAGUCGUCGCGUGUUUCUUGCUGUCCGUUCUUUCAGGGGCGACCGUAUUUAUCUACAAAACGGGAAAGAAACGGUCUUUUACGAUGCGCCUGGAUGUUAUGAGGGAAGGGCCCGCCUUGGAUCCUUCGGAAACCUUCCGGUUGGAUACUGUUACAGAAGAGCCAGAAAUGAAAUCAUGAUAUUCGUGAUAUCAAUGAGCUGAACCAGAAGCAUCAUUUCAAUAACUCCACAGCAACAAAAACAUUUGAAAUUCAAGUAGUUUACUCACAAAAUGGCAAACAGCAACUUGUUCAGAUUGAUAGGACGAUAUUUCUGAAAAGAUUUCCGUAAAAUAUUAAAAUAAUUUAUAUUUUUUCCGGUUUCUGUCCUCCAAAUAUGAGGUAAUUCGCAUUAAUGAAACGGCAAGCAUCCGGAAUCUAAACUAAAAUACCGCAUUCAGUUCAUUCUGACAUGCACGCAUACUUUGUACAUAUGGAGGCAAGUCCUUAAAUUACCCCGAGUCUUAAUAGGAUGUUAAAACAAAAUAAUACUAAACAAAACCGGUAUUGGCUAUAGAUAGAUAUAUUUAUGGUAUCUUCGACAGUAUGGAUAUGCGAUGAAAAACCUUUGGUUUGUUUAUACAGUUGCAAGGCAGAACAACUACACAUUUUCAAAAUUUGAUUUAGUUUACUUUGUUUUUGUACAACUUAAGGAUAAUUAUCCCUGUAUUUCAUGUUGGUAACGUCUAUGAUUUAGUGUAAUUUUAACUAAGACAAUAGUGGGAUAUUAUGAUUUAAAUGAUCAAACAGCUAUAUGAAUUGGUUUAAACGAAAUAAUAAACUAAAACACUUCUAGAUUUACCUCAACCACAAUUUCAUACACACUUUAAUAGUAGGGAUUUUUUUAAUAAUGCUAUUAACUGGACGCAACUCAAAAAGUGUUCUAUUUAAGUUCAAGGGAAAUUACUCUGCUAUUCUUGUAGCAACAGCAUGUCAGAAAACACGUGAAAGCAAAGACUGAUUCAGACAUGUGACCUAAAGGAUAAGAUUGUUAUCGUGAAAUUGAUGAGACAAGUCUACGCUGUGUUGUCUAUGUAGUUUUAGCCCAUGCAUACAUCCUUGAUUUCAAUUAUAUGAGUUACAUUCAUAGGGGUGGUUCGAGAUUUCAAUGUUUCCAUAAUUGAGAUUUUAACACAUUGUUAAGAUGAAGUCAUAAUUAUCCUACGAAACAUAAUUGGGAAACCACCAUUGAGAAAUGUCUUUUGGAAAAAUUUCUUACCAAGAAGCCUUGUUGCCAACAAUUCGCUAGAAAAUAAAAUGACGGAAAAAUAUCAGUUCAGUACUGUAAAUCAGUCUUAUUUUUGCGAGCAGUUGAUAUCCCCGUUGAUCGACGAAACAUUUUUAUUCGUAUUUUUAUGUCAUGGAUAAUAACUAUCAAUAUAGAAAAAAAACAUCCUUACAAUCGCGAAGUCGAACAUUCGCAAUAUAAUAUAUAUGCUAUGUUCUUGAAAUGUGAAGAACGGGUGGUGCUGCUGGACGUACCAGUGUACAAUGUACAGCUAAUGGUGAGGAAGGCAGUGGGUUCUAAACCCCAGGCCAGGACGUCCCAAAGUCCUUAAAAUGGUGUAGAUGUUAAUCCCUGCUUAACGUGCAGCAUUUAAUGACAACAACUGGUGCACCCAUCGCCAGUAUAAUGUGACCGGGCGGAAUGUUGUGCUGGGUGACUUCGGCAUGGUAUUUCAUUGAGAAAGCGCUAUGAAGUCGGCUUCAGAUCCGCGCUAUCACAAGGAGCAAAUACACCACCUGCACACAUACACAUAAGGAGA